AUGGCAAAGAAGAAAAAGGCUGGUUCAAGCGCGGAAAAGCGUGAAUCUACAACGUCUCCGAUCCCAGUCACAGACGAAGCACCUGUCGAUACACCCGCGCCAUCCGCGACGAGUAAUGAAGCCGCUAGCAGCUCGACGCCGCCAGAGGAAAACAAGCAACUAGUCGAGGAAACGAAAAUAGACAAGACUGCUGAAGCUGAUCGUCUCAAAGAGCGCGGUAACACGGCCUUUAAAGCUCAAGACUACAAAGAGGCCACCAAGCUCUACUCAGAGGCCAUCGAUCUAGAUCCUUCCCAGGCAGCAUAUCACGCCAACCGUGCGGCUGCACGUAUCGCUCUCAAACAAUUCCGUCUGGCUCUGGAAGAUUGUCAACAAGCUCGUUCGCUACAGCAACAAUCCCCCCAGCUGAAGACAUUGUUGAGAUUAGCGCGAUGUCAACUCGCCACGGGCUCGCCUGAACCUGCACUCAGUACGCUCCGAGAGGCACAGGCACUCAACGCAGAGCCGAGUAGGGACCUAUGGCAGCUCAAAUCGAAUGCAGAGACCAUGCUCAGGCAUCUCGAUUCGGUGGCAAAGGCACGCGUCAAAGGAGAGUGGUCAACGGCCAGCGCGGCGCUCGAUGCGGCACGUAAGAUGCUCGAAGGAGAGGGUAAAGAUGUGCCGACACAGUGGAGGUGUUGGACAAUUGAGUUUAGAAUAGCAGCUGGUAGCUGGGAUGCGGCUAUGGAUGCCGUUCGUGAUGCACUGCGGUGUGAAGGCAACUCGCCAGACGUGCACGCUCUGCGUGGUCAGCUAUUGUUCCUCACGAACAAACCUACAGAGGCCACUAGCAUACUGCGGCAGGCGCUCACAUUGGACCCAGAGCAUGCUGCGGCACGCAAGCUGCUCAAGCGGGUCAGGGCACUGGAAAAAGUCAAAGAGGAAGGGAACAAUGACUUUAAGCGGAGUAACUGGAACGAUGCUGUGUCCAAGUAUUCCGAAGCGUUGGAAAUUGUUGGUUCCAGUCCGGAAGAAGGAAGAGGUGGCAUCAUUCGCGCAAUACUGCUGAGCAAUCGGGCGAUAGCCUUUAGCAAGAUUGCCACGACUGAGGCGUAUGAAAGUGCACUCGAAGAUAUUGCCAUGUCGUUGACACUCCAUCCCGACAACUGGAAAGCGGUCCGCACACGAGCAAGAAUUCGCCUCGCCCAGGACGACUUUGAGGUGGCCAUCUCCGACUUUAAAGAGGCCCUCGAGCUUGUAGAGGCUGGAGAAGGCCAUGGAAAUGCGAUGAGCGAGAUUCGAGAGGAAUUACGCAAAGCUGAAGUGCUCCUGAAGCGAUCAAAGGAGAAGGACUAUUACAAGAUUCUAGGUCUGGCGCGUUCUGCGACGACAGCGGACAUCAAAAAGGCAUACAGGAAGGAGUCGAUGAAACAUCAUCCAGACAAGGGUGGCGACGAGGAAACCUUCAAGCUUGUCGUAGAAGCCCAUGCCGUACUCUCUGACCCAGAUAAGCGGCACAGAUACGAUAUGGGAGAGGACAUUGAUGGACAGAUGAACUCGCAAGGCGCAGGAGGCUUCCCUGGAGGGGUUGACAUUAGUGAAAUGCUCUUUGCACAGGCGAGUGCUCUGUCUUUCCGCGCUAUGUUUGGCGGUGGAGGGGGCGGUUAUGGGGGCUCGCCCUUUGGAUCAUCCUUCCCAGGAGGAUCCCGGGGGCACUCCCAUUCUCACUCGCAGGGCUUUGGGUUUUGA